AUGGGAUUCCCUCCCAACGAAUCAUCAGCUUCCCCUUCAAAGGGUGAACAAGACUUGGAAAUGUUCCAGCAAUGGACGGCGGAGCAUGGAAGAAUCUACCCAAAUUCUGAAGAGAGCAACACUAGAUUCCAAAUAUUCCAAAGGAAUCUCAAGUAUAUUACUGAAACGAAUGCUAAGAGAUCCAAGUCGCCAUCUGGGUAUCGUUUGGACCUCAACAAGUUUGCUGGUAUGAGUCCUGAGGAGUUUACGCAAACCUACCUCCGUCCGCUGAAACAAAGCCUGAGGAGAGUAAAGAAUGGAGAAGGAGCUGAAAAGAAGCAUCCGCCGUAG